AUUUGUUGUUGCCUGCCUAGUUCAUUUCUGAUGACAGCGUUUAGCUACAGCAGGACACAGAACUGUCUGUCAAAGUGAAAAUGUGUUAAUAAAGUUGGCACUGACGGGAGGUUCCAUAGGAAGGUUCAGUCUCGAGCUGCUUGACCAGAAUAUCGGGCAUAAAGAGGUCAAGGGUUAAACUCUGGCCUUUUAAAACUAAAUUGCAAUGUAUGGGGAGCAGUUUAACCAUUACUGCAGAGCCGGAUGUCAGUAAUCAAGAGCCCACAUGACUGAUUGACUUUACAUUCAGAUAUGUGAUUGCCUGCGCUAUCUGUUGACAUGUUGAACUCUAACGACUGCAUCUUGUCCCUGGACAGUUUAUUUUUUGAAAAACCAAUUGUUCACAAAGUAAAGCCACUGCACCAGGAGCCCAGUCCAUGGCGGCUGGAAGCACCUCCAUCUCUUACUCAUAUUCCAGCCACUCAGGAUAUGCAGGAGGAGGCAGAGUCUCUCUCUACCCUAUACAGUUUCUCACAGAAACCCAAGAAGUUCCGCCCUCCUUAUAAAGAAUCUGCAGGCCUUAAGGUUUUCCCAACAAAAGUCAACCGCUGUUACAGUUUUAACAAUGACGAGAAAAAUAUUGAAGCGACUGAAGGUGGUACUAGCAGCAGCACCAUCAGAUGUGGCAGCCUUUGGGGAGGUGAAGGGUUCAGGGAUUACUCUCAGGGUGGCUAUCAGAGUGGCAGAGGUGGAGAUGAAACCCCACAGGACUCUGGUCGUGCAGGAGUCCACACUUGUUUGUCUCUAGAUUGCACCAAAAACCCACCUCUACGGAGAAGCUUGUUCAAGAUUCAGGCGCUGACCAGUGGAGGUGACUCGUCAAACACAGAUGACCUCAGUGGCAGUGGCAGCAACAGCCAGACAACAUCCAGACUUCAAACUUUUCUCAGUCAGGUUACCAUGACGACAGUGCCUCCUCCUUUUCAGCAGCCACAGGCGACAGUUGGCCACGCAGCUCCUCCUUUCCCCUCCAAGCCCCCUCUCUCGCCCCCUCCUUUGGGCUCAUCUGCAGCGAGUGGCCAACCCCCGCAGCAGGCGCCACAUGCAGAGAUGCAGGACAAGGGCACAAAGAGAGCUUUCGUUCCACCCAUGAUGCCUCAGCCGCUCCACAUACAAGGGUCUUCUGGGUCUGGAGUUUUGCGACCGGUUUCUGAAAUCCCAGUUAGGUUCAGAUCCGUCUUCAACGAGUUCCCCUUUUUCAAUUAUGUUCAGUCCAAAGCUCUCGAUGAUGUUCUUUACACAAGUAAAAACUUUGUAGCAUGUGCUCCAACUGGAUCUGGUAAAACAGUGCUGUUUGAAUUGGCAAUUAUUCGCCUGCUCAUGGAGACACCAGAGCCCUGGAAAGACAUCAAAGCUGUAUACAUGGCCCCGAUCAAAGCUCUCUGCAGUCAGUGUUUUGAGAGCUGGAAGAAGAAGUUUGGUCCUCUGGGUUUGAACUGCAAGGAGCUGACUGGUGACACAGAGAUUGAUGACUUCUUUGAGAUUCAGGACUCCCACAUCAUUCUGACCACACCUGUGCAUGUUGUUAAAGAUGUGACCCGUGGGGCCACACUGGAAGUGGUGGUGAGCAGAAUGAAGGCAGUACAAACCUACAGGACAUCACAGAAUCCAGAGGCAGGCCUUUCUAUGAGAUUUGUGGCUGCAUCAGCCACCAUACCAAAUAUAUCAGAUAUAGCAGACUGGCUGUCAAAUGAGGGCGGCCAGGCCACAUAUCUGGAUAUGGAUGAGAGCCACCGUCCAGUGAAGCUGAGGAAGGUGGUGCUUGGAUUUCCCUGCAGUCCAAACCAAACUGAAUUCAAGUUUGACUUGUCACUCAACUACAAGAUGGCAAACAUUAUACAGACUUACUCUGACCAGAAGCCUGCCCUAGUGUUUUGCUCUACAAGGAAAGGAGCCCAGCAAUCGGCUGCAGUUCUGGCCAAGGAUGCUCGAUUCAUAAUGAGCAUUGAGCACAAGCAAAGGUUGAUAAAGUAUGCAAACUCUAUUCUAGAUACCAAGCUGAGAGAUCUGAUGAUGUUAGGGGUUGGUUACCACCAUGCAGGAGUUGACGUGUCUGAUAGGAAGCUGGUAGAAGAGGCCUUCACCCUGGGAGACCUGCCCGUCCUCUUCACUACCAGGACUUUGGCCAUGGGGGUAAACCUGCCAGCUCACCUGGUGGUGAUCAAGUCCACCAUGCAGUAUGUCUCAGGCUCCUGUGAGGAAUACAGCGAAGCGGACCUGCUACAGAUGAUAGGCCGGGCUGGAAGACCACAGUUUGAUUCUUCAGCCACUGCAGUGAUCAUGACCAAGAUUCAAACCCGAAACAAGUACAUGCAACUCAUGAACGGGGCAGAAAUCAUUGAGAGCAGCUUACACAGUCACCUGGUGGAGCACCUGAAUGCUGAGAUUGUUCUCCAAACCAUCAGUGAUGUCAACAUGGCUCUGGACUGGAUCCGUUCCACGUUCCUCUACAUCAGAGCCCUGAAGAACCCCACACACUACGGUUUCUCUCCAAAUUUAGACAGAUAUGGUAUUGAAGGAAAAUUGCAAGAACUGUGUCUAAAGAACCUCAACUCUCUGUCCUCCAUUGGUCUGAUCGAUAUGGAUGAGGACAUCAACAUCAAACCAACAGAGGCUGGCAGGCUGAUGGCAAGAUACUGUGUUGCCUUUGACACCAUGAAACAGUUCAGUAAAGUGACGGGCACUGAGAAUCUUUCUGAUCUGAUCGAGCUGGUGUCAAGGAGCAGAGAGUUCAGCGACAUUCAGCUGAGAGUGAAUGAGAGGAGGCCCUUGAACACUUUGAACAGGGACAAGAAUAGAGUCACCAUCAGAUUUCCCAUUGAAGGAAAGAUCAAAACCAGUGAGAUGAAAGUAAACUGCUUGAUUCAAGCUCAGCUGGGUUCCAUCUCAAUUCAAGAGUUUGGACUUACACAGGACACAGCAAAGAUCUUCAGGAACGGGAUGCGCAUCAGCAGAUGCCUUUCAGAGUUUCUGACUCAGCGAUCCAAGACAGGUUUCUCUGCUGUGCUGAGCUCGCUGAUCUUGGCUAAGUGCUUUAGAGCCAAGCUUUGGGAAAACUCGCCCUAUGUUUCCAAACAGCUGGACAAGAUAGGCCAGUUCCUGUCUACUGCCAUGGUGAACAGCGGACUGACCACUUUCAGCAAAAUAGAGGAAACCAACGGCAGAGAGCUUGAGCUGAUUCUCAACAGGCAUCCACCCUUUGGAAACCAAAUCAGAGAAUCUGUCAUUCAUCUCCCGAAGUAUGAAGUUACUCUGGAGCAGCUGCCACGUUACAGCGGUGCCAGAGCAGAGAUUGUAGUGAAGGUGAACCUGAAAAACCGAGCGCAGCUUCUGUCAAAGAGAACAGCUCGAAACCACCACUAUGUCUCUCUGAUCAUCGGAGACUCUGACAACACUGUCGUCUUUUUACAGAAACUCACGGACCUCGUGCUGCUGAAGUCUGGUAGCUGGUCGAAGAAGAUUGAUGUGGCAAAAGCCUCUAGAGGAGAGGAGCUCAGUGUCAAUCUGAUCAGCUCAGAGUAUGUGGGCCUGGACAUCCAGCAGAAGUUUACUGUGCACUACUCUGCAGCCAGGAUGUUUGGGAGGGAAAAUCCAUACAAUCAAACACACAUUCUUGCUGGACAGAGACCACAGCAGCCUGAGCUGAAACCACCAUCUACAAAUCAGGCUGCAGCUCAGAAGGAAAACACCACAUAUGCUAAAGACCAAGAUUCAGGCAGUAAGAGACAGUGCAACCACUUCUGCAAGAAUAAGAGUCUCUGUGGGCACGACUGUUGUAAAGUCGGAGUAACUGUGGCAAAGAAGAGGUCAGCAAUACAGGAGUCCAGUUUCUCCUCCUAUUUGCAAGACCUGAGGAUCAGAUCUGACACUCUAAUGCAGACGCCUGUGAAACGACUCAAGAUGAAAAUGAGCGAGGAGCCCACGUCCGUCAGCCUGCAGGAGUUUGCUUACAAACCCAAACAGAUGCUUCCUCCUGUUUCCUGGUAUGGAGGAAGUCACUAUAAAGCCUCGCCAAGACCUCACGCUGCGACUGACAUGAAAGAUGAAAACUGUGCUGAACUGCCAGACGUAAUUUGUCUGGACGACCUUGACAGAGGUGAUGACGACUAUGUAGACGAAAUGCACAAUAUAGUGGGAGAGGAUAUCCAAACUGCUGUUUCAUUCAGUGCUCACUAUCAAAGUUCUUCGGUGUGGAUGAUUCCAGAAACAAGAGGUGGGAGUCAGAACGCUAAACAACAUCUAAACCAGAUCAAUACCACCAGCUCAGCUUGCUCACAGAGGUCCACCACUGUGUCGGAGGAACAAGCUUCAUCGUACCAAAUGCCAGCUGUCACCUUUGACCUUGGAAACGAAUGGGACGACUGGGGAGACUUUGACGACGAGAACUUGGUGCAUGCCAGCGAGACCUCAUUGGCCUCUUGUGUGACUAAUUCCAGACCUCAGGUCCAGCAGAGUGUGGAGUACAACACUGCAGGCUAUGCUUCUCCAUCAGCGCCAAUGUUUCUUGGUCGCUCACAAGCCAAACCCUGUAUCAGCACUACACCACUUAGAUUGACUUCAACAACUGUGAAUUCUGACAUCAGGACGCUGGAACCUUCACCAAGACCAAACAUUUUCAACGAGGAGAUCACAGCAAAAAUACCAGAAAAUCCCCCGAAAAUGCCUCAUGAGACCCUAGUGAAUAAAAGGCUGGAUUUUUUCUCCACGAGAAUCCCAGUCAGUGCGAGCUCAUCUGUCAACAGAAGCAAAGAAGAGGAAGCAUUCCUUGGCAUAUUUGAUGGCAUAUUUUAGAAAUAUUUCUGGCAUUCUGGCAGGAUACGGCUUUCUUUAUGCUGUCUUUCACUGUCACUUUUGAGAUUUACAUUGCAUUUUAGACUGUUGCAAAUUCCUGUUCUCAUUUAUUUAUGUUGUAAAUGAAACAAGUUAUGUUAGUUGUAAUUGUUCCAAAUGUAAUUUUAUUGGUGUAUUUAUUGAUUUAAUAAAGUCUGUGUUCAUUGGCUGGUUCA